AUGACAGAUACACAACCCGCACAAACGUCGCUCGCGACUGAUAAAUCUCUCGAACCAUCCGCAUCAAACGAACUCGUUCACACGACCGAACAAACUAUCAUUACAACAAAUGCCGAAGGCAAGAAAGUCAAGAAGAUCAUCCGGCGCAAACGACGACCUGCCCGCCCUCAGAUCGACCCUGCGGAAAUAAAGACCCAGGAAACCCCGCAAACAGGCACAAUCUACAAUGUCUGGUACAACAAGUGGUCGGGCGGUGACCGUGAAGACAAAUACCUCUCUCAGACUCCCGCGCAAGGUCGCUGCAACAUAGCAAGAGACAGCGGCUACACAAAGGCCGACAAGACACCCGGCGCGUACUUUUGUCUCUUCUUCGCGCGCGGCACUUGUCCCAAAGGAGUAGAUUGCGAAUACCUGCACCGCCUGCCCACAGUAACGGACAUUUUCCCUAGCAACGUCGACUGCUUCGGGCGCGACAAGCAUGCCGACUACCGCGAUGACAUGGGCGGUGUAGGAACCUUUCAGCGCCAAAACCGUACCCUGUACAUUGGGCGCAUCCACCCAACUGACGACAUCGAAGAAGUUGUCGCACGGCACAUGCAGGAAUGGGGCGAGAUUGAACGGACGCGUGUCCUAACAGCGCGUGGUGUAGCUUUCGUCACAUACAUGAACGAGGCAAACAGCCAGUUUGCAAAAGAAGCAAUGGACCACCAGUCUUUCGACCACAACGAGAUCCUCAAUGUCCGCUGGGCAACCGUCGAUCCCAACCCCCAGGCUGCCAAGCGCGAGGCCAGACGCAUCGAGGAACAGGCUGCAGAGGCAAUUAGAAAGGCGCUACCUGCGGCGUACGUGGCCGAGCUCGAAGGCAGAGACCCGGAGGGCAAGAAGCGGCGCAAAGUCGAAGGUAGCUUUGGACUCCAGGGCUACGAGGCACCAGAUGAUGUGUGGUAUGCAAAGGAAAAGGGCGAGUGGGAAGCAGCCAAGCAACUCCAAGCGGGUGGUGCAAGCGACAGAAUGGCGAUUGAGGCCGGGGAUAACACAUAUCAAGAUAUGAAUCCGGGACUCGACACCGGUGCCACGCAACAGCAACAGCAGAACAGCGGUAUUUUGUCUGGUAGUACCCUGGCGGCGCUUAAGGGGUUCAAGGCUGCGCCGUCGAAUAAGAGACCGGCGCCUGCGGCGGGGCCGUUGGUGGACUAUGGCAGUGAUAGCGAUUAG